AUAUUCUCAUUUUACAUUUACAAAAACGACAGACCGUCUCCAGUGAGGUUGCUCUUUUAUGUCAGCGCUCCCCUCCAAUAACUGCAUUUACCGGGAACUGUUCAUCUCCGUUUAGUGAUACUCUUAUUUAAAGAGAGGCAAUGAUGUCUGGCGAAGAGGCUCCAACUCUGCAGCCUGAGCAGGAGAAGCAGCCCGACGAGGAGCCUCCCCCGGCGGUCUCAGAGGCUCCGCAGCAGUCCGGGAGCAGCAGCCCUGUGGUGGCCGAGGAGAAGCCUCUCUCCAUCCGGGCUCUGGUCCUCACGGGCUACGGGGGCUAUGAUAAAGUGAAGCUGCAGGUGAAGACGCAGAAGCAGCAGCUGGCUGCGGGAGAAGUGUUGGUGCGCGUGAAGGCGUGCGGGCUGAACUUCGCGGAGCUGAUGGGCAAACAGGGUCUGUACGAGCUGCUGCCCCCCCCGCCCGUCACCCUGGGCAUGGAGGGCUCCGGGGUCAUCGAGGCUGUCGGGGAGGAUGUGAAAGACAGGAAGGUUGGGGAUCGGGUCAUCAUGUUGAUCCGCAGCGGCAUGUACCAGGAAGUGGUCGUUGUGGCCGCUGGCAACACCUUCCUCAUGCCCGAGCAGAUGAGCUUUGAGGAGGGGGCCGCGCUGCCCGUCAAUUACCUCACCGCCUACCUGAUGCUGUUCGAGUCGGCCAACCUGAAGCCAGGCAAGAGUGUCCUGGUCCAUAUGGCUGCAGGUGGUGUCGGUGUCGCUGUUACCCAGCUCUGUCAGACUGUGCCAGAUGUGACGGUUUUUGGCACGGCCUCAGCCUCCAAACAUGAGAUCAUUUCCCAAGGCGGCGUAACUCACCCCAUCGACUACCGCACCAAAGACUACGUGGAGGAAGUCCGCAAAAUCAGCCCCAAGGGAGUGGACAUCGUCCUGGACCCCCUCGGUGGUUCAGACACCCAGAAAGGCUUUAGUUUGUUGAAGCCUUUGGGCAUGCUUAUAGUCUUUGGCGCGGCCAAUUGUGUGACGGGCCAGAAGAAGAACCUGUUGGCCUUGGCGAAGAGCUGGUACAACCAGCUGUCGCUCAGCAUGCUCAAACUGAUGCAGACCAACAAGGGCGUCUGCGGCUUCCACCUGGGCUACAUCCCCGAUGAGCAACUGAUCGUCCGCACCAUGGGGAAGCUGCUGGAGCUCUACAGCCAGGGCAAGAUCAAGCCCCGCAUCGACUCCUGCUACCACUUUGAGGAGGCGACUGAUGCCAUGAAGCGAAUGCACGAACGCCAAAACAUCGGGAAAGUCAUCCUUCUUCCUGAAGCGAAGAAAGAGGAAGAGGUGCCAAAGUCCAACCCUGAGCCGGUAGAAAAUGUGGAAAAAACUGAAGCUGCCGUCAACGAGAAGAAGGAAGAGACCACAGAGGAAGUUAAAGCCGAGGGUUGAGUAAGAGUGUCUAUUUGAGUGAUAUUUUCAAGCACUUCCUGAAUGCGAUCCCUAUUGUUCACUUGUCAAAAAGAGAAGAAAAAGCAGGAUGCCAUGAAUUUGUUGGUUUUUCUCAGUAUUUUCAAAUGUUUAUGAAGAUUGUGUUGUGCAAUAUGUCGAUAGUGUGGUAUCUGUGUUGGGAAAUUUGUGUUUAAAGAAAAAAUAAUAAAGUAUGGUUUUACAUUACGUGAGGAAAAAUGAAUUCUGCAAAAAAUGUAAGGGUGUGGCUGCAAAAACAAGGUCCCAUUGACAGCAGCUUAGCAAACCUUAACAACCCAGGGCCUGUAUGUAUGAAAUGGUCCUAUAAUAAAAGUUUAAAUAAAACUCAGCUCUGUCUCAAGAAGCUGAUAGAAUUGCAUUAGGUUCCCAGUCAGGGAUCAGAUUACCAGUCAUGCAGUGUAGCCAACAUUACAUAUGCUUCACCGCACUGCAGCAUGCAAGAGUAGAGCUUAUCGGUGGAAACAACUCCUACAUAUUACAGCUACUUUCUAUUCUACAUAAAAAUAAACAAGUUAAAGUAGAAAAUAAAACAGUAGGGAAAUUGCAUCAUUGCAUCAUUCGUAUAAUUUUGACUAAUUUAAGAUAAAUAGAUAUACAUACCUGCCCUGAUUCUGCCUUUUUUUCUGCGUCAAACCUGGCAAUGUGAUUCUAAUGAAAUCAGAGUGUCAGUUCUUGUAGUUCAUUGAAUCCUGUUACAAAUGAUGAAUCUAUCAGGAAUCUGUUCUUGUUAUCAGUUAUUUGUAGUGUAAGACUUGUUAGUAAAAGAUGGUUAUGAUGCACUCAAAUGUCUUGUUGAUGGAGGUUGUUAAACAAUAGGUCAGUAUUGUAUUAUAGUUGAAAUUGUUAGGUGUUUCUCACAUAUUUGUGCCAAAUAUCAAGCCAGCUUUUACCACUGCCGUCAAAGCCAACUGUGAAUAACAAUUAGCGGGACUUCCAUUGCCUUGGCACUCGUUGCCUCUGGGUUUUCUUCCAACAAUGUUGUGCUGAAUUUGAGAUUCAACUUUUUGGGAGGGGCCACGUUAAGGAAGGGUUUCCACCUUGGUUGAUUUUUUGCUGCUUUCUCAAAUCCUACGUUGCCUGUUUAAAGUUAAAAAAAAUGGUGCCGUGUUGAUAAACUGAGAUAAUUCUUUGCUUUUCAUGAGUUUUGUUUUUCAGUGCUUUAUACAUAUUAAUUUGGCUCCUGCAAUAUAGUAAUGGAUUAUUAGGCUUCAUUCUUCUUAGUAAUCAUUUGUAAUGCUUGCAUAUCUGUUUCUUUGAGUGCAUAACCUCAAAUAGUGGGCUCAGUAAUUCAGAUGUUUUGUCCAGCUGUGGGUGUAAUACAAUGCUGUGACGCAGAAGACGCUGCCGAAGCACAAGAGAAAGAGUUUUCCUCCCAUCCUCACCGAGCAGCUGCUCACAUUCCUCCCUCCACCCUCAGUCCUGCUCUCUGUCUCGCUCUGUGGCCAAACCUUCUCAAAACUCCCUCUUCACUCUGCUUUGAAAGACGUACUUGGAAACACAGAUAAUGCUUUAUGUUAUUUACAUCUGGGACAUUUUUUUCUUUUGGCCACUUGGACAAGUAUUGUUAAUUUUGGCCCGGUUUCCUUCUCGUAGUAUGAUGUAAGAUCUGAUGUGGAGUUUGAGUGGGAACUGGAGUCAGCUAUGAGACGUUUAUCCUUUUGUUUAAAUCCAAGUGUGUAGAAUUUCUUUUUUAUUUUCAAUUUUUGUUGACAUGUUUCUCUACCCACAAGCCUGGUGUUUGCCUGCAUGGUAAAUGUUAAAAUGUAACUACUGAACCAAAUGGGAGAUGAGUCUAACUAAUGAGCAACCUGAGUAAAUUAAAGCUGAUUGUUAAAGAAACAUUUGUGAUUUUAAAACAAGCUCUACUAAAUCCUUUGCAUAUAUUUCUCUAAUUCUAUAAGAUUGUAAACUUUAAAAAAAAAACUUCAGUGAAAGACAAAUCUAGCUACAAAACUACAUAGUGUCUAAAAUAUAAAAAAAUAUAAUGUUUCUCUUAAUAAUUUGACAACAACAUUAAUUGAUAGUGUUCACUCAUGCUGCGAGGGACAUCUAGUGGUGAAAUUGUGCCUUUUUAAAUAACUUCACAAUGUUGCCUAUGAACAAAAUGUAUUGCAACCUGCCUUAGCAGUUAUAAAAUACUUAAACAUUUUAUAAAAAAAAUAGAUUGCUAAUCACAAAUCCAUUCAAAUAUUCUAGCACACUUUCUCACUUCUUCAAAACGGUGUACCAAAAAAAAUGCAUUAGAUUUGCCGCAUAAUAAAAAUGUUAUGUUUUUUUCUGUGUUAGCUACAAUGGUUUGUCUCAAUAAGUAAACUAUUUGAUUUGUUGAAGUUCAAAUUACGCAGCCUGUUUUUUUUUUAUACACACUUUAUGCACACUUGCCUUCUGUGUUAAAUGGCACUAACUUGUCUGUAUUAUUAAAAUGUUAUCGCAUGAUGUUCUAA